GGCGCCGUCCUCCGCGCGUCCCCCUCCCAUCCUGCUCAGGUGCCGGGCUGCCUGGAAGGGAAAGCUGUCAAGGUAGGACACCCGGUGAACAAGAUGGAGCUGCGGAAUGCGGACGGCUCCUUGGGAGAAAUUGGUUUCUGGGUGGAUAGGACACCUGUUCAUGAAGCCGCCCAACAGGGCGAAACCUUGCAGCUACAGCAACUGAUUGAGAAUGGUGCUUGUGUCAACCUGGCCACUGUGGACUCCAUCACACCUCUGCACGAGGCAAGCCUUCAGGGUCAGACACAAUGUGUGAAACUUCUGCUGGCUGCUGGAGCCCAGGUGGAUGCCCGGAACGUUGAUGGCAGUACCCCACUUUGUGAUGCCUGUGCCUCAGGCAGCAUUGAAUGUGUGAAGCUACUGCUUUCUCAUGGGGCAAAAGUCAACCCACCACUGUAUACUGCAUCCCCACUACAUGAAGCCUGCAUGAGUGGAAGUUCUGAAUGUGUGCGACUUCUCAUUGAUGUUGGGGCUAAUCUAGAAGCCCAUGACUGCCAUUUUGGUACUCCAUUGCACGUUGCCUGUGCAAGGGAGCAUCUGGAUUGUGUGAAAGUGCUGCUUAAUGCAGGAGCCAAUGUGAAUGCAGCAAAAUUGCACGAGACAGCUCUUCACCAUGCAGCCAAAGUAAAGAAUGUAGACCUGAUUGAAAUGCUAGUUCAGUUUGGAGGCAACAUCUAUGCCCGGGACAAUCGAGGAAAGAAGCCUUCUGAUUAUACUUGGAGCAGUAGUGCCUCUGCUAAAUGCUUUGAGUACUAUGAAAAGACACCUCUGACCUUGUCACAACUUUGCAGAGUGAGCUUAAGGAAGGCAACUGGUGUCAGAGGGCUUGAGAAAAUUGCCAAGUUGAAUAUUCCUCCAAGGCUAAUCAAUUACCUUUCAUACAACUAAGACAAAGAAAUGGAAGACAGAAGUGGUCUUGGGAUUUCAUUCUGUGUUGAUAUAAUUAUUCUUCCUGACAUCUGGCAGAGAAAAAUGACUUUUGUGUCUAUAGUGGUAUUAAUAACAUAUACAGAACAUUUCUACUUGUCCCUCUAGUCUAUCAGAGAAAUUAUAUCAAGUGUAAUAAGAAAGCACUAACUCUUAGCUCUUUAUAGUAGAUAUGCUUCUGGGAUAUAGUGCAUACUGGAAUUUGUACUUUAAUUCUGUCACUGUCACAGCCACCAAAUUAGUGAGUGGAAAAGAAGUUACUAUAGUCUGGGCUUCCUUUAUUUGAUGAACUUCCACAGAGUGUAACUCAGAGCAGAGAGGGAAAUGGGAGUUGUAGAUUUCUCUGUGGAGAUUUCUGAGCCUCCCUCUCUUUCCCAUACCUGGUUGAAGCUCAUGUUGAUGUUUGGUACUCUUAUACAACUGAUUCCAUUUCAUACUUCUUUAGGAUUUAUGUUUACAGAUAAAGGUAGGUUGUAGUUCAAAUGCCUUGAGAAAACUUAAGGGCAGUCCCUUUAGAUCACAGACAUCAGGACUCUGAAAUAACGCUCUAUAAAUAUCCUUUCGUAUGCAUACCCUGUUUUGCAUAGUAGCAGGGUACAGAAAAGCCCACUGAGGCUAAAGGGAUUUCUGUUUCUCAGGAUGCUUUUUGUGGCUCUGAGUUGUGGAGAGUGACGACUGCAGCCUGGUAAUGAUGGUUGUAUUGACUGGAAGGAGUUCAGUCCACUGCUAGUUUAUUUCAAGACUGAAGGCCUGGUGAAAAACAGCAUGCUCUUUCCACUGCCUUUAUAAUGACUGAAGAUUUAGCUUUUUUUCAAAGUGGUUCCCUACCUCACAGGUAAAGUUAAAGCCUCAUUUAGAUAGUCUUAAAAGACUAGUUAAUUCACUGUUAUAGGAAUUAUAAUAAAAAGUAAAUGCCUUGUUUGUGUUCAGCCCCUUUCAAUUCUAACUGAAAACUCUUCUUAAGCAAUUAAGUCUAAUAACAUUUGCACAUAAUAAAAUGUCUACUACCUUCUUCAACCCUCCUUCACCCCCAAAUCUAGACUUCAGUAAAAGCUGUCAGUCAAUAAAGGAACAAUCUUGUAU